UUAACUUUGAUCAAAAAAAGAAAAACAAUUAAAAUUCUUUCUAAUCAUUCAAUUUAAAUCAUAAAACAACUCAUUAUUUAUUAUAUUUAAAUGGGAUCUUGCGCUGGUAAAUCUUAAAAAUCAAAAAAUGUCAAAGGCUCUAAUUAAAAUGAGCAAGAUUUAAAACCUCAUUAAUAGGUUGGAAACGAGGCGAUGCCUGCAUAUAUUUCAGAAAUUUAAAAAAAUGAAGAAAAGACUAACAAUUAAAAAAUUGAUUCUCCAAAUAAUCAAGCAUAAUUUAAUAAUAAAGAGAGUACUAAUUAAUAAGAAGUGGCUAAAAUUUAAGAAGAUAAAGGUGUUGAUAUAACUGAAAAUAAGGAAUCCUAUUAGGUAGAAUGUUAAAAAAUGUUAAAUCAAGCGGAGAAUUAGUAAGACGAGGAGGAAAAGACUGAAGCAGUUAAGUGUAAAAAUAAUAUACAUAACUUGGACUAGCAGUCAACUUAUUUUACAUCUCACUUGAAUGAGUUGACAUCUAAAAAGGAUUGUCAAUCUUCAGAAACUUCAACAAAUAAUCGCCCAAAAAGACCCACAAAAGUAGAUACAUACUAAGUAGGUUUAGUGGUUCAGAUAUUUGAACCCACCUAAAAUUCAAUGGAAGACGUGUUCUCAAUCAACGAAGUGGACGAAGAAGUGGAAGAAGAUAGUUAAGAAAACUUAACUGAUGAAAAUGAAGAGAACAUUGCCCAAAAGAACCAACAUUUCUAAAAUUUAAAAGAAGACAACAAUUAAUUUAAGAUAUUCAAUACCAUCCAGUAAAGAAAUCCUAACGAUGUGUUAUCAUCUCUUUCUAAUUCUAAACUAAGUCAUUCAGAAAUAUAAAAUGAGCAUUUAGAAUGA